UGUCUUUUCUGUUCCUGGAAGCCUGAGGUGGUGCGGCAGGCUUGUGGGCAGAUGGGGCUGAUGCGCAGUCAGCGUGUGCGGGAGCGCGGAGCUGGUACCGAGGUGUUCUGGUGCUGAGGCCGUCGCCUGAGAGGAGGCGGGGGGAGGAGGGAAGCUGUUCCCAUGGCGUGUGGGGAAUGCAACGCUUCAGCACCUGCUCAGGAUCUAGCACGCAGGAACAUCAUCCACUUCCAGCACAGAGAACUGAAGUGCAGAUAGCAGAACCCAGCUGCAGGCCUGUUCAGCAUUAAUGGUGAGGCUGUGCUGCACAUAGUAGGUAGGUGCCCAACAGGCUGAGGCAGGGAUGAUCGUCUGGCAAAAGGAGUCCAUUGUGGGAUGCAAACUUGGAUCGAGGUGAAUCUGCAGGCACUGAAGAGGUGAAUCAUGAUUCCAGUCACUGAAUUGCGCUACUUCGCUGACACUCAGCCAGCAUACCGCAUCCUGAAGCCAUGGUGGGACGUCUUCACGGACUACAUUUCCAUAGUGAUGCUGAUGAUUGCAGUGUUUGGAGGGACGCUUCAGGUCACCCAGGACAAAAUGAUUUGUUUGCCCUGUAAAUGGGUUACUAAAGACUCUUGCAAUGACUCAGUCAGAGGUUGGACAGCUGCAACCCCAGAGCGUACCUACUAUAAUUCUAGUCUUGUUCCCUCUACUGAUACAGGGCCUACAGGGAUCCGAUAUGAUUUGGACCGGCACCAGUAUAACUAUGUGGAUGCGGUGUGUUAUGAGAACCGUCUUCACUGGUUUGCCAAGUAUUUUCCUUAUCUGGUGCUGCUACAUACUCUCAUCUUCCUGGCUUGUAGCAACUUCUGGUUCAAAUUCCCAAGGACCAGCUCCAAGCUGGAGCAUUUUGUGUCUAUUUUGCUUAAGUGUUUUGACUCUCCAUGGACAACGAGGGCAUUAUCUGAGACAGUGGUGGAAGAGAGUGAUACCAAGCCAGCAUUUGGGAAAAUGAAUGGCUCCAUGGACAAGAAAUCCUCCACAGUCAGUGAGGAUGUGGAAGCCACUGUUCCCAUGCUGCAGAGAACAAAGUCUCGAAUUGAGCAAGGGAUUGUGGACCGGUCUGAGACUGGUGUCUUGGACAAGAAGGAAGGUGAACAGGCCAAAGCACUCUUUGAAAAAGUGAAAAAGUUCCGCACGCAUGUGGAAGAGGGAGAUAUAGUUUAUCGCCUGUAUAUGAGACAGACCAUCAUCAAAGUGAUCAAGUUCAUUCUGAUCAUCUGCUAUACUGUUUACUAUGUCAACAACAUAACGUUUGAUGUUGACUGUAAAGUGGACAUCGAGAGCUUGACUGGCUACAGGAUGUACCGCUGUGCUCAUCCUUUGGCCACUCUCUUCAAAAUCUUGGCAUCUUUCUACAUCAGUUUGGUGAUAUUCUAUGGCUUGAUCUGCAUGUACACACUCUGGUGGAUGCUGAGGCGAUCACUCAAGAAAUACUCCUUUGAGUCCAUCCGGGAGGAGAGCAGUUACAGUGACAUUCCUGAUGUGAAAAAUGACUUCGCUUUUAUGCUCCAUCUGAUCGAUCAGUAUGACCCACUGUACUCCAAGCGCUUUGCUGUCUUUCUGUCGGAGGUGAGUGAGAACAAACUGCGGCAGCUGAACCUCAACAAUGAGUGGACUUUGGAGAAGCUGCGCCAGAGGAUCACCAAGAACUCCCAGGAUAAGCUGGAACUGCAUCUUUUCAUGUUGAGUGGCAUUCCUGACACGGUCUUUGACCUCAUUGAGCUGGAGGUCUUGAAGCUGGAGCUUAUCCCUGAUGUCACUAUUCCCCCAAGCAUUGCUCAGCUCACCAGCCUUAAGGAACUGUGGCUCUACCACACAGCUGCCAAAAUCGAGGCUCCCGCCCUUGCCUUCUUAAGGGAGAAUUUGAAAUCUCUCCACAUCAAGUUCACAGACAUCAAGGAGAUUCCUCUUUGGAUUUAUAGCCUGAAGACCCUAGAGGAGCUUCAUCUGACAGGGAAUUUGAGUGCUGAAAACAACCGGUACAUUGUGAUAGAUGGAUUGAGAGAGCUGAAGAGGCUGAAGGUGUUAAGGUUGAAGAGUAACCUCACCAAGCUGCCACAGGUGGUAACAGAUGUUGGUGUGCAUCUUCAGAAGCUUUCCAUCAACAAUGAGGGCACCAAGCUCAUUGUUCUCAACAGCCUUAAGAAAAUGGUCAACUUGACAGAGCUUGAGCUGAUCCGUUGUGACUUGGAACGCAUUCCUCACUCUAUCUUUAGCCUCCACAAUCUGCAGGAGAUAGACCUGAAGGACAAUAACCUAAAGACCAUUGAGGAAAUCAUCAGCUUCCAGCACUUACAUCGUCUCACUUGCCUUAAAUUGUGGUACAACCACAUUGCCUACAUCCCCAUGCAAAUAGGCAACCUAACCAAUUUAGAACGCCUUUACCUGAAUCGUAACAAGAUAGAAAAGAUCCCUACCCAGCUCUUCUAUUGCCGAAAACUUCGGUACUUGGAUCUUAGCCACAACAACCUGACUUCCAUACCGCCAGACGUUGGACUCCUUCAAAAUCUGCAGAACCUAGCUGUGACAGCCAACAGGAUUGAGAGUCUCCCACCAGAGCUGUUCCAGUGCAGGAAGCUGAGAACCUUGAACCUGGGAAACAAUGUGCUGCAGUCACUUCCAUCCCGGGUUGGAGAGCUGACAAAUCUGUCGCAGAUAGAGCUAAGAGGGAACCGCUUGGAGUGCCUGCCUGUGGAGCUGGGAGAAUGUCCUCUGCUGAAACGCAGUGGGCUUGUGGUAGAGGAGGACCUGUUCAACACAUUGCCCUUGGAAGUCAAAGAGCGGCUGUGGAGGGCAGACAAAGAACAAGCCUGAACCCCUGAAAAAAGGGAAAAGCCUCUGACCAACUAGAAGGAAACAAAAGGCCACUCCAGUCCCCUUUUCCCCAGAUCCUCCCCUUUCUCCCCUCUGACUACCAGACUAGCCAAGGAGUCCCUGAACAAACAUGACUCUGAGGUGGCUUCUUACCUCAGAUGCAGGAUGGGGGAAGCUUGGGAUCAGGAUGAGGAUUAACACAGAUCAGUUGGCCUCUGAGCAAGGGCCAGUGGGAGUAAGAGGUGUUGCUGCUGUUCUGGACAGGAAGUGGGGUGAGGUGGAUGGUGCUGGUGAGAAGAAACAACCUUUGGAUGGAGGAGAAAAUGAAAUGUGGGGAUUGCUGCGUUGCUCCAAAUGGGGCUUAUGCGUAUCAGGGACUGAGAGUGUCCAGUGUCCUGCAAGCAAAGAUCAAGAGACUAGGAAACCUCUUGAACCUCCAUCUCUUUCUGUGACACCUGGUACUGUUCCCCUCUGACUUAGAUCCAGUCAGUGAGGUCCCGCAGUGGGGUGGGAUAGGAUACAGACAGCUGAUUUUAUCUAGAUGCUGGCAUUAGGAUUUGGGGGAUAAGUUUAUCACAGGCAUCAGCUUGAAUGCAGGAUCUUUAUUUUACCAAUUGUCUUUUCCCUUUGCACUCCAUACCUUCUCCACUGCUCCUGGAGAAGGAACCAAACCCCCUAAACUCACUCUGCUCAUUUAAGAUUGCACUAUUUUAACAGUCACUUGUGCUGAUGAGUAGAUCACAUAGCAUCCUUCUCCAGCUGAUGUGCUGGAGGCACUAACUGACAUAAUUUCAGAGCUUUAGCCUGUUCUGAAAUGGAUGGUUAUAGUGCAAAUGGGAGAAAGAUCUAGAUAAAAAGCAGUCAGACUGUCUAAUCUACUCUCCCAGAAGCAUUGAGUUGCUUCAGGAUCUGGCUUUUAAAGUUUUUAAGCUACUUUUUAAAUUCCUGGUAUUUUGUCAUGUAUCAAAUAUGAACAUACAACUGGCCAGUGUGUUGGGGUGUCUCCUGGGGUUGGUGGUGUUAGUAAAGAGGAACACUCAGGUUUCCUCUGCACCUCUUGCCCGCCC